AGCACGCGCAGAAAGAGAAGCGCGCGAGAGAGGUAAGUGUGUCUGGUUGUGUCCCUCUCACCGGCCGUUACUCUGGUUCACUAGGUACACCACCUGGUCAGAUAAAAACUGCAGCCACGAAGCAUGAUCCUUUCAAAACGGUUGAAAUAUGAACAUUUUGAGACAAAGUCUCAGUAUUCGACAGACCAAGGCAGUGGAGAUGGUACAGGCGGCUACAUCAGGGUUAACCUGCAGUGUUGUGUAAGGUGGGGAAGCUCCAUGCGUCCUUCCAGACGGGGCCGCUCCUCCUCCAACAAGGCUUCUAAUGCCGGCACCCCCAGUGAUCCUGCCGCCCAGCUGGGGGUGGGGAGAAGCAGGCGGCCAGCCCAGUGUGAGGAUGACUCACAUUUUAAUAUCUCAGACAAGGGUCCCCAUGACCUGAUUGACUUAAUUGAUGAUUACAGUGGAAAUGGCAGUGUCUCAGAAUGCUGGUCACCACUAGGAGACCUGCCAGUCAGCCCAGCGGAGGCUGUGAUUGGUGGAAAAUUGAAAGCGCAGCCUGAAAAGGGCAGAGACUCAGAUGCUGAAUCCUGCAGCUCAUUGGACAGCAUUGCAUCUGGCCCCUCCUUCAUGGUUCAGACUCCUCACUUAACUCCUCCUACUGGUCUGUGUUUGACCUGUCUGAGACUUUACCAAGAAGCCUCAAUAAGAGACGCUCCACUGGACACACUUCCAGACAAUGAUCCCACUUCCUUGUCAUGUGACCAGUGGGUGCUCAAGAAAAGGAGGCCCAGCAGAAUAAAGUGGAACGUUAAAGGUAGGUUGUGGAUCCAUCUGAGACGGAUCAGGAAGAGAGAGCAGACCGGAGGGGAGAGAGAACAGGUGGCCUGCUCCAGACCGCACAUCUUCCUACAGAGGAACCUGAGGAGAUAUGAGAGACUGGCUGUGAUCAAAGGGAGGAAGAAGAUUAAGAGGAGGAGAAAGAAGGCCAGUGUAAGAGGAGGUCAUCGGAGGGCAGGAAAACAUGUCACCAAGUGGCACAGUCUCCAGGGCAGCGGUCUCCAGGGCAGCGGUCUCCAGGGCAGCGGUCUCCAGGGCAGUGGUCCCCAUAGUGAUCCUGAUAUAGAGGCGGAGAACAGUGAUGGGGCUUCGGAGGCACAUGAGAUCCUCACCUUCCAGGUUUUCCCGUCCUCUUUAACCAUGGAAACCCGGCCCCACGAAGAGGCCACGCCCCAAACGGACGAGGAGCCAGGGAAGAGGAGAGGAAGCUUCCGGACUCUACUGGCUCAGCUUCGCAGCAACUGCAGCCGUGUUGUCCGGGAAACGCACACAUGACUGAUGGCGUAGCUGUCGGAUUCCAGAUAUGAUAUUUAUUAACAUCCAUCGCCGAGGUUUUUUAUUCUGUCGGAGCCACAUAGAGCUGGAAAUAGUUACCAUCAAAUCUCCUACUAGUGGGGAAGUUAGAGAAUCUAGUUUUGAAUGUAAAUAAGCCUCAUUGUCAUGAUUCUAUUUAGUUCAUUAUCUGUAUCAGAUUGUCCUUUUUUGUUUCACACUGAAGAAUAAAUGUUUUUUUUAUUGCA